ACCGAGCUGGGCCGGUUCCUGUAAGGAGUGGUGCGGAGGGUCCCGGGACCGGGUCGGUCUGGGCACGCGCCGGGGCGGGGGGAGUCCUCCCGGUGCGCGGCAGCAGCGUGUGCGCCUGGCCGGGAAGGGUCCCGGGUCGUGGGCGACGGAGCGGGGAGGGAUGCCCUCCCUGCCCACCGGUGUUGGGAGGAUGCCGGUGCCGGCCCACUGCUUGCGCCGGUGCCCAUCGGUGUGGCGUGCACGUGGAUGAGGGGUCCCGAUGCGUGGGCGUGGAGCCAAGCAGAGGGACGUGGGAAUGGGGGGAGGGAGGUCCCGGUGCCGAUCCGUGGUGGUUGCGGGGCAUGCCGGUGAUGGGCUGAGUUCUCCCCAUACCGACACUGGGAGGUGGAAACUCGAGGCCCUAGCACCGGUCUGGGAGCCCCGGGGGGCUGUUCGUUGGAGCAAGGUCCCCCUUAGUGGCAGUGGGCACUAUGCCACGCCCGUGGCACCGCCAUGCCAUGCUGUCCCCCUUGCCCCUGGCAGACGGGCGAGGCCGUGAGGGUGCUGCUGCAGCGGCUGCAGGAGCUGCAGGCCGAGCGGGUCGAGGCAUACCGGCUGCUGGAGCAGGGCCACCAGGCAUACCUGAGCAGUGCUCCCCACUAUGACUUCCCGCGGUACCGGCAGCUGGUGCACGAGAUCACGGUGGCCUUCAGCGGCAUCUCCCGGGAGGUGCUGGACAUCGCCGGGCGCCUGCGGGGCGAACUCGCCCGCCCCGACCUAGCCCAGCACCUCGCCCGGCUCCAGGAGCGGGAGCAGGAGAAGCUGCAGCUGACAGCACAGCUCCAGCUGGCCCGGCAGCAGGCACAGGACCAGCCCCAGGUGGAUGCCCAUCAGCAGGAGGUGCAGGAGCUCAAGCACAAUUCCCAUCCGCUCUCCUAGGCUAAUUAAAACCAUUGAGGCAAUCAGCGAAGUUCUCCAGGACCUCAAGUACGAUUCGGAAGAAGCCGAGUGAUGGCUGUCCCCGUGGGAACGGCUGCAGGGGCCAGCCCGUGGAGCAGGGGCCCCACUCGCCCCAGCCGGCCCCAGCCCGCUCCUGCGGCAGCCAUCAGGCACCCGCAUCGUCCCACCAAGGUGGGCACCUUCCCCCAGCCCUUCCUCUGGAGCACAGGCUGGAAGAGACGGAGAAGCCCCUUCAGAAGAAGGGUUCCUCUAAAUCCUGGGUGUGGGGCUGGUUCCUCUCUGCAGCUUCAGCUGAGCUGGGGCUUUGCUCAAGUUAAACCUCCAACCUACAGUUCCAAGGGGCCACCUUGCUUUGACCCUUUGCUGCCAGCUGGAGCCCCACGGGCAGCAGCCCCCCCUAAGACCACCUCCUGGAGCUCAGCUGUGCCCCCAGCCCCACGACAGCUCCAGUGCCCUGGAAGUGUCCUUUCUGUGGUCACCAGAAAUAAACCUGGCCCCGUGGAGCUCAA